AGCUAUUACGGAGAAAAUUAACUCUAUAUCAGCCAAAAAUAGCCAACAAAGAAAGUAUUCUGCCACAUCACUUCUACUUGAAUGUGGAGCCAAACCUGCUGUGUUCCAUGUGUUGAAUUUCAAAUUACAAGAUACCUUACAAAAUUGACCUUAUUGUUAAGAUCAUGGCUGUUGUGUUUAACACUGUUUCAGAGUAGUCUUACUCUGUUUAUGUGCUUACUGGUGGUACUUUGAGAUGUGACAGUACUGUUAAUUCUGCAAUUUGAUAAUAGAUGUUUUUAAUAUUGUAAUUCAGUAACUAAAAUUUUAUGUCCCCUUGUAGCACAAACAGUAAGGCUUAAACUUCACUGAUGCUGGAAUGUGUUUUUGAGGCUCAGGUUACAGAAAAUUUCAGGAACUUCAGAUUCACAACAACAUGGGAUAUUCAGCACACAAGAUCACUUGCUGAUUUUAUAUGUACAGUAAAUUAAAUUAUUGGUUGUCCUAAUACAGGAAACGGAAUAGAGCAAGAGUUAAGGAGUAACUUCUUUAAUAUAUUUUUUCCAUUGUGGAAGUAAAUGGAGCUGAUAGACCUGUAGUUGCUGAAAACUUGAGGUUUUACGUAGAGUUUGCCCUUAAAGGUAGAUUAGGGAAUCUUACCCUGCUUUUGUGAAAGAAUUGAAAAAGAAAAAUCUCUCUUGGAGCACAGAGGAAGUGAGAAAAGGUCAUUUUAUGUUACUGACUUUAAAAUAACAGAAGGCAAGCAGACUGCAUCUCUGGGAAUGAUGAUUUUGGUUUUUAUAUACACAUGUACCUUGCAGUGCUUGCUGAAGUUGAAGCACAACCAUUCUUGUUUGCUGUCCAUACAGUUGCUUUGGGCUGAAUUCUUGCUUAGCAUUUUAAGUAAUGACUUGCUGGUUGUGUACCCUGAGCUUAAAAUCUUUAUUGUUGUGUAGGAAGGGCUAGGGAAAAGUGGCUGUGUAGCUAUGUUGUCUUUACGUUAACGUUGGAGAUUUGGACAAAAUUUAAGGUAUUUAUUAUUCCUUAAAGGUGAUAUAUGACUGAGGUAUCUUAGAAAAUGUUUGUGUGCUAGUGCCACUGAAGGCCCAUAUAUCUUUUGUGUUGCUGUGGUCACUGUUACUACUAAAGUUAUAGUAGUGUUUUUGAAAGUACAAGUAGUUCAGCUUUUUAAAGGUGGCCUUAGGAAAGUUGAAAUAGGUUUUCUUUUUUCCCCUUGCAUUCCUUUGCCUGAAGCUGUGCUUCCACAGACCUCAUUCUGGUGAGUGGCAGAGGGAAGACAAGUCAACUUUGGGAAACUCCUGCAUGGGGGGAAGAUGAGCGAAGAAGCUGAUUGCAAUGCUGUUCUUAAAGCUCUACAGCCCAUUUUUCAGGAGCAGGGAAUGACAGAAACAGUUCAUAACUGGGAAGACCACGGUUAUUUAGCAACCUAUAUAAAAAAAAAUGGCAGUUUUGCCAAUUUGAGAAUUCACCCUCAUGGAUUAGUGUUGGUGGAUCUGCAGAGCUACAAUGAUCACACGAAAGGAAGAGAGGAAGUCGAUCAGCUUCUAAACAAAGUAGAAGAACGAAUGAAAGAAUUGUUUCAUGGUAAUAUAAAAAGGGUGAAACGAUUGCCAGCCAUUUUGAGAGGAGGUGUCAUUGAUAGAUAUUGGCCCACAGCUGAUGGGCGCCUGGUGGAGUACGACAUAGAUGAGGUUGUUUAUGAUGAAGAUUCACCUUUUCAGAAUAUUAAAAUUCUGCAUUCAAAACAGUUUGGGAAUAUCCUUAUCCUCAGUGGGGAUGUUAAUCUGGCAGAGAGUGACCUGGCAUAUACUCAAGCCAUAAUGGGCAGCGGAAAAGAAGACUACACUGGGAAAGAAGUGCUAAUCCUAGGAGGUGGUGAUGGAGGUAUACUAUAUGAGAUAGUCAAACUGAAACCAAAGAUGGUUACUAUGGUAGAGAUUGACCAAAUGGUGAUCGACGGGUGUAAAAAAUACAUGCGUAAAACAUGCGGAGAUGUCUUAGACAAUCUGAAAGGAGAGUGCUAUCAGGUUCUAAUUGAAGACUGUAUUCCCGUACUGAAGAGGUAUGCCAAAGAAGGAAGGAUGUUUGAUUAUGUAAUUAAUGAUCUGACGGCUGUUCCAAUCUCCACAUCUCCAGAAGAAGAUUCCACAUGGGAAUUUCUGCGGUUGAUUCUUGACCUCUCAAUGAAAGUCCUGAAACAAGAUGGGAAAUACUUCACACAGGGAAACUGUAUCAAUCUGACGGAUGCCUUGACUCUGUAUGAAGAACAGCUUAGCAGGCUUUAUUGUCCUGUGGAGUUUUCAAAAGAAACUGUGUGUGUUCCUUCCUACAUGGAAUUGUGGGUAUUCUACACUAUUUGGAAGAAACAAACUGAUAUCUGAACAUCAAGAUUAUUUGAGAUUAUCCUAAAUGUACAUGCUGCAUGGAGCAUAUAGGCCUGCCACAUGCUGCAUAUUGGCAUCUUGAACCUUUAAAUUAUAUGCUGUAGAUGAUCCUGAAACUUAGUCAUGCUAUUGAUUGUGAAUUCUUUAAAUGUUUUUUAUUGUUAUUUUAAUUUAAAAGCAAAUGGAAAAUGUAUAUUUUGAUGAGCUAGGGUGUUAUUUUUGAAAGUCAGCUUAAAGAUGAAUAAGCAGCAAAACUAUAUAGCUGCUGAAUGCACUGAACCUUUAGAAUGUGAUCCUUUUUAUUUUUUUGUAGAUCUUCACAAACUGAUUGAUUAAAAAAGACAUCUUUAGCAUUUCAUCCCUGAAGGGUGGUCCAUGGAGUUUGUUUUCUUUUUUUUUUUUUCUACUAGAUUUUUUUUAUCGUGGCGCUUUUUAAGGAUGGAGAGUGUUUUGUUUUGUUUUUUUAAAUGAACACCACAGUGCUUCCGUAUAGCAAAAAAGGAAAUGAUAAAAAAAAAAAAGAGGAAAAAAUUACUGAGAGGAUACCCCAAAUCCUUCAUUGCAAAGGGAAGAAAGCUAGUAGUCUUAAAAUUUAUUUACUCUAGUUUCAUUCAUCAUUGCUGUAAUCUCUGCUUCAGGAGAAGAAUCUUUGACCUUUCACCUCAUGAAAUUCUUUAGCUGCUGCCGUAUUGAUCAUUUGUAUUUUUAUAUAAAUUUAACAGUAGAUUACAGCAGCACUUUGAACUCUAUCGGCAUGAAAAUUAAGGCUGGUUUUCCAUCCCACCACAGUGCAAGAAAUUGAGUGUAAUGAGGUUCUUGCAGGCAUAGACUCCUCAACCUUAUGGGAAGCACUAGGUUCCUGAAGAAGGAAAGGUCCCUUGAGAGAGCAAAGAAAUAUGUGUGUGAUCUAGAUUCACACACACCAGUACCGAGUGCUUUGAGGCACGUACAUAUACUUCAGUAGGGUAAGUCCUGGUCGUAUUGCUGCAGACUGACCAUGUUGUGUGGGGCUCUUGCUGAAUGAGAUUCACUUGCAGUGUAAAAAUCAGUGGAAGCUAGGUUGCAUUGUAUUUUGUUCUGAAAGAUAAAAGCAUUUUUCUUUAACUGUUACUCAUGUUGUCUGAAAAGUUAUAUUUUUGUAAGAAUGUGCUAUGUACUGACUAAAACUUCGCUUUCAGUGUUUAAAAGAUCCCAUUUGAAAGGAGGUAGGAAGGAUGUAACCGUUCUGCACAUUUCUGUACAUUUCCAAGAUAGAAUAAAAAGUGCACUAUUUCCCUAAACACUCUAAUCCUGAACCAUAAUGAUUUUUUUUCCUUCAACACCUAGUAUCAGCAUUUUCUUAGUUUUAUUGCAGGGAGUUGGUUUCCUUCCCCCCUGAUACUGUUAAUGAAAACAAACCAGACUAACUAAAAAAGCACCCCUAAGAUCUAUAUUCUUAAAUCAUGCACAAAGAAGGAUUUUACUGCGUCCCACGUAUAUAAACUGUUCAUGAAAUCAGAGUAGCCUAUGUAGAACUCCAGAGUGAUACUGGAAAACGUGCAAAAAAUUACUCUUCAUUUGGUGUAUAAUUAUUUUUGUAUUGUACGCUUGUGCUGUUAAAAUGCUUUCAGUUUGGAGAGCCAAUAGAAGUAUUCUUCAGUCUUACCAUUUUAAAUUACUGCAGUUUGCAUUAAUUCUUUAAUAUACAUGGAGUACAGUUCUUCCAUGGCCUACAGCUCGUGCAUCCCUAAAUACUCCCAAAAGAGCAGACUCCCAAAAGGAGAGAAGAGUGUCUUGCAUUUCCCUGAGGGUUUUAGCUCUGUUGUAUACAUCCCAGAAAAUAUCUUGGUAUUAUUGCCUAUGAUCUAGUAGUGACCCUUCAUUUACGAUACAGGGCUGCAAUCAGUAUAUUGUAUAGCCACAAAUGAACACGGAUGUCCUAUAGACAGCUGCGUGUAUCCUUAACUUUGCAAGCAUGUAUAUUCCCCUUGAUUCUUAGCGUGAUUACUCAUGUAGGUGAAAUUAAGCACACAGGCAUUCACUGGGACGGGGCUUACAGCAUAUAUGUUCCCGAGUGAGCUUGAUAGAUGUAGAAAGCAGUCACAACAAAUGGGGGUGGUUGGUUUUUAGCGAAGAAACUUGUGAACGGGAAGAGGACUUGAUACGCUGGCUGGCUUGCUGUACCAAGGCUAGCACUUUGCUUCAGUAUCGCUGCACAAGGCUGCCAGAGCACAGAGAUGUUGGCUGUGCGGGGAUGUCCUGGAAUGACCAGGGGACCUGAAUCAUAUAAUGAGAGGUGAGAGGCAGCAGUGCUUGCAAAUCUUUCUUUUUCAACUGAUACAGUAUAAAGAGAGUUGGAGUAAUUAUUUUUUUCUUUAAACUUUUUUUUAUGUAGGUUUUUUAAAGUGAUAGAUGCAGUAUAAAGCAAUUCAGCAAACACCGAACAUUCUAUUUUUUUAAGUUGCUGAAUUGAUUCUGAGCAAUUAUAUACUCACUGUCAGUCUUUAUUUAUUUGUUGCUGUAGUGUAGACUUUUUUAAAAAGGAAAACAAGUCUCUCUGUGUUAGAAUUUUCAAAUGCAAACUGCUAUAGCUGAUCAGUUUUCCAUGUUUAAGGCCAGUUGGGAAACAGCUAUGAUUGCUGCACUAUGUAUGCAAACAGUUCCCAAGAUACAGUUAAUGUUAGGAUUUUCUUAAUUGUUCUUUGCACUAAAUGCUGCUGCCACCUAGAAAUGUGAUUUAAAUAUUUAAAAACGUGAUUGAUACUAGUUUGUGCAAAGAGAAGACUGCUGGCAUUGUAUCUACUGCAUCAGUGCAGUGCACAUGUUAAA